ACAAUUCUUUAAGAAACGACUUCCAUACUAUAUCUCGGACUUUCUGGUCAUACUUACAGUUACUGAAUUUCCUGGUUAUUAGAUAUCAGAGUUGCUUGUAUUUGGGCUUCCCGAGAAACGAGAAAAGUUUCAUCUAGUCAAAACAGUCAUCAAGUUGACAACAAAUUGAGAGCUACUUUCACUUGUUUCGUUUUCUAGCAAGGUGUCAUAUAUAACCACAUCUGUAUUCUUUUUGCUAUCAGUAAGGAGGAGUAUUUCCGAUUGUGUGAAAUUAGGUUUCUUUUCAGACCACUUGUACAAAAAGUGUCCAUUCAUCAGGUCUUGCCUCUUUCACUUGUGAAAUUGUUAGUUCCCGCUAUAGGAUCUGAGAUUGAACAAAGCGAACUUUUCAGUGAUCCCAAUUGAAAUAGUGUUUACUUAUUUGGUUGUCCCGUCGUUCGUUCAACCUCCCUACCCUUAUUCGUUUUAUUUAUUUUGGGAAACGAAAAUGGCCAGUAUUUGGGGUCCCUUCGAUCAUCCUGUCAAAGAUACCGCUAAAUUUGAUUUGGAUGCAGACCUGGAUUUCAACUUGCAUUUCGCAAGACUAGGAUUGUCUGCGAUGGAAAUAACUCCUUCAGGGUCUGAAACAUCCACUGUGAUUUCCCCUACCACCUCUUCUGGUAACCUGCUUUUCGACGACAGCAAAGAGCGUGAGCGGGGUGGCUCGGCAAAUUCAACAUACACAUCUUCAUCAGCCAGCUCUCCACCAGGUCUCGCUCAAGCGACUCCUUUGCCGGAAGACCCUGAGACGAAGGAAUUUCCUUUAGACAUGUUGGAUCUCAUCCCGAAUCUAUGGACUGACAAAUCCAAGGACACACUAGGAUGCUCGUCUUCAAACGUUCUCAAUCCUAGCAAGAUUUCCUUUUCAAGUCAAUGUGCUCCAAAAUUGUCCACUGCAGAUAAUGUUCAUGUUUCUCCACAGCUUGAUCAAUCGUUGAAAAUAAUCCCAGCAGCUUUUACUAAUUUAGAAUCUUCUCCCUUGAUUCCUUUUCCGCAGCUUCAUCAGAAAACCUCGCCGUUUGCCUUUGCUCAAAACGCCAACUCUUUCAAUGAUCCAUCUAGAAUCCAAAUGGACGGGCCCGCUCAUCUCGCGUCUCAAUUUCAACUCGAAUCGCCACAAAUUCCAGUCCAAAAACCCCAGUUAGAGACAAAAAGCCCAGUUUAUGGUGGUGGUACACAACUGGCCUACCCGCUUACAGAAGAAAAUCUUCUGCUUUUAAAUCCCUCCAAACCCAUGAUUCAGGGAAACCCUUUGAAUGUUGCAGUGGUUCCCACCAGUAUGUAUCAAAAUGAUACCGCCUUCCUAAUUGUGCCUGCAAGUCCAGCGGUGAACGAAAAUGAAUCAUCUAACUCGCCAAGAGCUGCAGGUGUCCCCUAUAUGAAACGGAAGGAUACCGAGAAGGGCUUUCAACAAAGGAGUUCCACUUCUUCACACAGUCACAAGUCUCAUAAAGCGUUUCCUUCCUCAAGCGUAAAGAGCAAGGCAACUGUUGACGGAGAUCUUUAUAAAACUGAAAUGUGCACACAAUUUCAGGAAAAAGGAAGCUGUCCUUAUGGAGCUAAAUGCCAAUUUGCACACGGAGAGGAAGAACUGAAAAAAGUCAAAAGAGCGAACAACUGGAAAACAAAAUUAUGUGCCAAUUGGCUUAAGGCAGGAUCAUGCCGGUACGGUAAGAGAUGUUGUUUCAAACAUGGUGAGGACGAUAGAGGGAGCUCUUAAUUGUUUUGAACUCAAUGUGGGUAUGCAAUCUUUUAACGCUUAUAGAUAAGAUUUGGU